AUGGCGACCAACACGGCCUCAAAUAUCGCAUCAUCCCUAAUCCACGACCCCAACUCCUCAAUCACCUUCCGAACUGGAGUCUUCGCCGCCCUCUCUGCAGUCGCCUGGUACAACUCCGUCGAACUAAUAAUCCUCUGCUUCGUCACUUUCAAACGCUACAAGGGGACCUACUUCUGGAGUCUCCUCAUCGCCUCCGCAAGCAUCAUCCCCCACUGUCUAGGCUUCGUCCUCCUCUUCUUCUCAAGCGUAACACCCUGGCUAUGCGCCACCCUCGUUAUAUUCGGCUGGUGUGGCAUGGUCACUGGCCAGUCGGUGGUGUUAUGGUCCCGACUCCACCUAGUCCUGCAAGACAAUAGAAUCCUUUGGGGUGUAUUAUGGAUGAUAUGCAUCGACGCCUUCCUCUUCCACAUCCCAAUAAUCGUCCUCCUCUACGGCACAGUCGCAGACCCCUACGGCACCUUCGCACAGGCAUACAGGAUCAUGGAACGGAUUCAAUUAAUCGGCUUCUGCGUCCAGGAAUUGAUUAUCUCCAGUAUCUACGUCUGGGAAACAGUCAAACUCCUCCGUCUCAGACCCCAAGGCCGUCCACAUGGUAUCCUCCUCCAAUUACUCGUCAUCAACAUCGUCAUCCUAUGUCUGGAUAUUGCCGUCGUCGCCAUCGAAUAUAUCGGCUACUACGCCGUGCAGGUGAUGAUCAAACCAGUUGUAUACAGCAUCAAGUUAAAACUUGAAUAUGCAAUCCUGGGCAAGCUAGUCGCUAUCGCGCGCGGCUCAUACAAUUCCCAGGAUCUACCAUCAAGCGCACGGGAAAUCAACGAGGUCACCGAGGUCAGCUCGUUCCCAUCGUCAGGUGAUCCAAUCUCCAAUAUGGAAUCUGGGAGGCAGGAACGGCGCUCGCAUAGUGCGCCUUGGUUUUGGGAGGUGAGGACGAGGUCGCCGCCUCUCUCAGCUGAUAAUUCCAAUUCGCCUAGUGCUUUUACUUAUCCUUGA